AUGCACGCCGUUGCGCGUGGGCAUCAGGGGAGAGAUUUGAAAGAGUUUGGCAAGACCACACGGACAUACCACACCUCCCACACCACGCCACACAACACCACACAACACAACACGUUCCAAUACCACGUCACACACCCCAACCCACGUACCACUCCUGCCACAACACCACCAACAGAACUCCAAUCCGACCCAUCAAUCCCCACGCACCUCCCCGAGCUGUACGAGGCACUCCUCAAAGGUAAUAUCAAGCGCGUCGUCGAGCCCUACUCCAUCGUCAAGAUUGGUUAUUAUGCGCAGUAG